AUGGCGAUAGAGGCCCUACUACAGCUGCCAGCAUAUGUCUGGCUCUCCCUUCUCCUCGCCGUACCUGUCGUAACACUCCUCCGCGAUGUCUGGAUAUGGCUGCGAAUGCCCCCAGGCCCGACGCCACUUCCAUUCGUCGGCAAUAAAUUCGGUCUACCCAAAACGAAGCCAUGGAUACAGUUCCAAGAGUGGUCAAAGGUCUACGGCCCGAUCUUCACGAUUUGGAUCGGUCGGAAGCCUACAAUCGUUGUCUCAGACCCGAAUAUAGCCGUAGAACUGAUGGAGAAGAGAAGUACAAAGUACUCGUCGCGACCGCGUAUGGUGGCUAUGGGAGAGAUACUGUGGGAUGGCGCGAGUAUCCUGGUACAACCGUAUGGCAAGGAAUGGAGCGUUAGGAGGAAGCUUUUACAUCAGGCCCUCACGCCAAAGGCCCUCCGCUUGUACAAGCCGGUACAAACAGCCGAGGCGUCACGGCUAUGCUGCCAGCUCCUCCAAAGCCCGACAAACUGGGAGAAGCUCCUUGAACGCUUCACAUCGAGCAUUGUAUUCUGCGUCGCGUAUGGUCACCGCAUUGACUCGCUCAAUGCUGAGGUCAUUCACCAGCGCUUCAAGUUCAUGCAUUACGCGUCGUCAUUGAAUGUGCCUGGCAAAUACAUGGUCGAGUCGUUUCCGGUUUUGAAGCACAUCCCGGAUUUCCUCGCACCCUGGAAAGUGGAUAUUAAAAGGCGUGGGAGAGAAGAAGCGGCGGCGAACAUGGCCCUAGUAAAUGUUGUUCAAUCCGAUCUGGCACGAGCGAGAACUCGAGGCGACGAUAUCCCAGACUCUCUCUGCAAGCUACUCCUAGAGCUGCGCGAGAGAGAACAUAUUCCCCUUUCAGACCGGGACUUCUCUUACAUUCCAGCUUCUCUGUUUGGCGCGGGAUCCGACACAACAGCCUCUACGUUAUGCACUGCUUUUCUCGCACUCGUCACCCACCCUGAGACCCUGCGUGCUGCUCAGAAGGAGCUUGAUGCUGUCGUGGGAUCCACGCGGACGCCGAUAUUUGAUGACGAAUCGCAACUACCGUACCUCCGUGCCCUCGUUAAAGAAGUCUUGCGCUGGCGUCCCGUUGCCGUCCUUGGAGGCACACCGCAUGCCUCUACGGAAGACGACCACUACGAAGGCUACUACAUUCCGGCCGGCACUACAAUCCUCGGCAACUCGUGGGCCAUAAAUUUGAAUGAAGCAUACUAUCCCAAUCCACACCGUUUCGAUCCAUUGCGCUUCCUCGAUGUGGCGCUUGCUGAGAGGUCCAAAGCCCCAACAUCGUUAACAGGCAAACCUCACCCAGCGAAAGCCGGGCAUUCGUCCUUCGGAUGGGGACGACGUAUAUGUCCAGGUGCCGAUCUUGCCGCGAAUAGCUUAUUCAUUGCGUUGGCGAAGAUCAUUUGGGCGUUUGAUAUUCUACCCGUCGAGGGAAGGAACUACGAUACUUUUGCAUAUACCGAGGGAUUCAAUAUCCGGCCACAGAAGUUCCCAUGCGCGAUCAUCGUCAGGAGUGAAGCACAUAGGCAGGUGCUGGAGAGGGAGCUAAAGGAGGCUGAAGCUGUGCUCGAGAGAUUUACGCCUUUUGGCGAAUGA